GAUUAAAUGAAAGCGUCCCUUUUAAAGGCCGCCUCUCGGGAUUGAAUUUAGUGAUGUCCUAUCGUGUCCAAUCGCCACUUGACUUCUCUGAUACUGAUUCAGAAAGUGAAACCUACUGGAAACGUCUGAGCACUUGCGCACAAAAAGGCGACACUGACUGUCAGGAAAGUAUAGAAAGGAGGCGCUGCAACAUUUGGGUAAAGACUGCAAAUGAAAACAUACUGGACGAAGCCUUGUCCAGCGCUCAUAUUGUUACACGCUCCUCCGACACUUCUCGGCACGUUGAGAAUUACUUCGAAUAUCCCGCAUCACAAGAAACACCUUCCAAUACAAGUGAAUCCAAGCAGUUGCGGAGACGUGUAGGAAGCGCUAAGUCGCGCAUCCAAGAACGGCACUGGAAUGAAUCCAUUCCAAGGAAUCACAUUGGCGUUACUUUCGACAGUCCUCCAGACGUCGUCAAAAAGACCCUUGUUAGACUCCUAAAGGAACCAAACGAGGAACUCAUAAGUCAGAUAGUGGAUGUUCUUGGAUGCAAGCGCGCAUUGGAGUUUUAUUUUCUCACGGAAGAUAUUGAGAAGAUCGGUGGUCUAUAUUGUGCCCAUCCAUUCUAUUUUUGUGCAGGAUGGAACACGACGAAGAUCUCCCGGAGGCGUUUUUUUGAAUCUUAUCAAGAUGUCUCAAGGGAUUACGGAUACCGAAAAAAAGACCAUGUUUGCACUCAGCAGACGGAUAAAAGACAAAUUAAAACGAAAACGCAGAAAGCAACGUCUAGAAUCGAGAAAAAAACUUAAAGGGUCGGAAAUAAACGAUAUUACUAACAACUCUCACUGCGAAAAAUCUGACAGGUACUCAAGUAUGGCAGUCGAUGCCUUGGGAUCCACGAAUGUCGCAGAAGAAGGAGAGAUUAUGUCCACAUCAGAAAGUGAAAAUGUUUCACAGAAUGAUUUAAUGUAACUUCGUGUACAUUUUGUACAUAUUGCUAUCAAAAAUGAAAUUGACUUCUGUCUUG